AUGAUGCCGCUGUCAGCGCAUCCUCACCGCCUUCCGGAAAUCACCCCCGCAUCCCCCAGUAGUACUACCUCCGCGUCCGCCCCUCUCCCCUCCUCCGCCGCGCCCAACAGCGCGCCCAAGCUGCCCUCCGCCCUCCCCGCUUACCUCCGCGCUGGGCGCAGGGAGGGCGCAGGCGUGGGAAGAGGAGGCGCGCAGGCGGACGGGAGAGGGCUGGGGGAUGAGGGGGGAGGAGCAGUGGGGGGACAUGGAGGGGCAGGGGGAGGGGUGAGCGGGGAUAGCAAGGAGAGCAGAUGGGUGGAAGAGGAUGAUCAGGGAAACGAGGGGGGUAAGCGGAUGGGACAAGGCAUGGUGGUGGUGGACGUGGGGGCCGAAGGGGAGGCGCGUGGGGAGCACGAGGAGCAAGAAGAGUUUAGAUACAUACAGCGGACUUCCAACCAACCACACGGCGCCAGCUGGCUGUUUCAUGACGUCAUCACUGCCCUGCGAUCCUCCGCCGUGUUCCAACUACCAGCACUCACCACCCCCAGCAGCAGCAGCAAAGAGCACGAUCCCUCACUACCAGUCCCUCAGAUACCACCUCCCCCAGGCGCCACCUGCGUGGGGGGGUGUGGCAUCAGCAACCAGGCAGCUCUCGCCAUCCUCCCCUGCGCGCUGCAUUCCCUGCUGCACUGCGUGGCCGUGGGGCAGCUGCUGGCGCUGCUCACCCGCCAUGCCUUGGCGCCCCGCCACGCCCUCCUCUCCACCGCCCUCGCUGAGGCCCUCUUCUCUCUGCUCUCCGCCCUGCCUGCCACCGCCCCCGCGCCCAGCCCCCUGGGAGCGGCGCUCAUGGGCGCGCUGUGGCGGGUGAGUGGUGCACUGGGGGUGCCCUUCCUGCCCUGGGCGGGGUGGGUGGGGCUCUGGGCGGCUGUCUUCCUGCUGCUCGCCGCGGGGGGGAAUGCGUGCCGGGUGGCGGACCAGUGGGGUGCUGCCAUGUGGCGGGUGGAGGGUGUGGUGACGAGCGGAGUGCUGUUUGUAGGUUCGGUCCGAGGCAUACCCGGACCAGGGGACUCGCUGCUGAGGAUAGAGCUGGCCCCUCCCAGCCUUGCCACUCUUUGUUUUAUAUCCCUGCUUCUUGCUGUUGCCUUGACGCAUGGAGAGAUGAAUGUCUCGCUCAAACCUGCCGGCCCAACCGGUGUGUUAGGAAGGUCGCCUUGGGGCGCACGUGCCUUGGAGCGCAUGUGCCUUGGGGGCGCAUGUGCCUUGGGGCGCAUGUGCCUUGGGGCGCAUGUGCCUUGGGGCGCAUGUGCCUGGGGGCGCAUGUGCCUUGGGGGCGCAUGUGCCUUGGGGCGCAUGUGCCUUGGGGGCGCAUGUGCCUUGGGGCGCAUGUGCCUUGGGGGCGCAUGUGCCUUGGGGCGCAUGUGCCUUGGGGGCGCAUGUGCCUUGGGGGCGCAUGUGCCUUGUACGUCUCUAUUCCCCUCUCACUCCUCUCUUUCCUCUCCUUUCCAUCGCACACCCCUCCUCCCCCUCGUCUUUCCCCCAGUGCUCCUGGCGGUGCCCCCUUUCCUCCAUCUCCCUCCGCUGCUCGCCUACCAGCUGCCACUGCAGGUCGCCCCGCCCCUCAUCCCGCCCAUCCCGUGGGGCGCGCACUUGGGGGGCGUGUCAGUGGGGGCGGCCCUGGCAGCGGCACUGCCGGGAGCGCUGCUGGCGGCGCUGCUCUUCCACGCGCACAACACAGCAGCGCUGCAGCACGAGGUGAGGAGCAGCGCUGCAGCACGAGGUGAGGAGCAGCGCUGCAGCAUGAGUCGUGACCCCCUUCCUCCCAACCCCCCCCUCUUCCUCGCUACCGCCCGUUACCGCACCCCACACUCUCCAACACCUCAGGCACAGUUGCAUGCUGCUGCGGGGUGUGGGCAGCGUGUGAGGGCAGAGCAGGCUUGGGGAGCAGACCGUGCGAGGAAGUGGAGGGGAGCAGGGGUGACGAGGUGGGGAGUGAAGGGUAGAGAGGCGGAGAGGGCAGGGGACGUGGAGUGGGGUAUGGUCGUGGGGGAACUAGCAGGAGGCACAGGAGAAGGGCAUCAGCAGGGUGGGGGAAGGGUUGAGGAGGUGGUGGGGGGAAAUGAUGGGUGGGAGUUUGGUGGAGGUGGAGGGGAGGACGAGGAGGAUGAAGAGGGAUGGAGAGUGGAUGCAGGAGAGGGGGGUGCAGCAGGGACAGUGGGAAUGGUAGUGAGCAGUGAGAGAGGGUGUGAGAGAGUGAGUGUGAGGGAGUGGGACCUGUGUGUGACUGCCGUUGUGGUGGCUCUCUGUCUCCUGCUCGGCCUCCCUCCUGCCAUCCGCAUUCCAUAUCUGAGCACCAUCCGCCUCUCAUACCUGCUCAAGCAUGCACCCGCCACUGCACCUGCCACACGUGCCACAGUCACAACUGCCACUCAACGCUGCAGUGCGGCCCCUCAUGUAGCCCGGCCACACAAGCAGUCGUCCCGCCAUGCCAGCACCACAGUGAGAUCCGGAUUCGACUCCAUGCUGCUGCCGCUCAUGCCACUCGUGCCGCUCGCAGCUGGCAGCCAGGCGAACUCCUUUGUGCCAGCCACUCGUGCUCCCCACGCCCCACGCCACCCCCCUGCCCCCCUGGCGGCGCUGGUGUGUGAGUGGCGCACCGUGGGGGGGCUGCUGGCGGCUCUGCUGGCGCUGCUCGCCCUGCCUGCCACGCCUGCUCGCUUCCUCACCCUCGUGCCCGUCGCACCCCUCAUCGGCACGUGCAUGGCGGUGAGUGCUUUAGGUUUGGCCAUCCUCCUCUUCCCCCCUUCACUCCACCUCCACCUCCUCCUCUCUCUCGCCCACCCCUCCCGUCGCCCUUCACUCCCCCCACUCCCCCCGUCCGCCCUCCCUUUCCUCCGCCGCCUCACCUCGCUCGAGUGCCUCUCAGCCGGCCUGCUGCUCGGGUGGUCAUACCUCCCCUUCCUCGCCGCCUCCUUCCCUCUCCCCCUCCUCCUCCUCGCCCUCCUCAUGACCCCCCUCCUGCGCCGCCUCCUCCCUCCGCCCCUCUGCGCCCGCCUCGCGCCUCCGCUGCUUCCCUGUGGCACAGGGAGGAGGGCGAGGUGCAAGGCAGGUAGAGCAGAGGAGCACAUGAGCAGUGGGGGAGAGAGUCGGAGAGGCAACAGAGUUGUGGAGGAGGGGAGUGAGACGGAGGGAGGGAGUGGGGUGGGUGGUGAUGGGGAAGAGGGGAGAAGGGGUGUGAAACGGCGAGCAGUGGGGGAAAAGUACGAGUGUGAGGUGGGGGGCGGGCGAGAUGGGCACAUGCCAGCAGAUGGGCGUGUGGAUGGGUCUGGGUCUGGGUCUGGGCAUGGGCAUGGGCGUGGACAUCAGAACGUGGAGGUGCAUGUGGGUAUGAUGUCAGGGCUGACAUCAGCAUGGCAUGACACCUCAUUGGACGACCCAUCCUCUCCUCUGCACCACUCCGCACCUCCUGUGCACCACUCCGCACCUCCUGUGCACCACUCCGCACCUUCUCUGCACCACUCUGCACGUCCUGCUCGUGGUCAGCAAGGUAAUGGUGGACUGGCAGAUGGCCGGACGAUUCCCCAAGUGCUCGUGCAAGGGUUGGCACAGGAAAAAAAUGAGGACGGAGAGCAGGAGGGAGGGGAGGAAGGGGAACAUGAGGGAGGGAAGGAGGAAGGGGGGGAAGCUGAGGGGAGAGAGGAAGAGAAAGCCGCGGAAGAGAAGGGAGACUUGAUGGGGGAGGGAAGGUCAACUCCAGGUGCCCUUGCGGCUGUGCUGUCCUCCCCUCUUGCGUCCAUGGCCCUGCCAUCCAUCCCCCAUGUGGCGUCUUCCCCCCUUGUGACGCUGCACAGCAACGCUCUCUUCUCCCCCGCCACCAUCAUCGCCACUCUUGCUGGCAGCUCCACAGGAAGGAGCCGAGAGAGAGGAAGAGGGAGAGGCGGAUGGAGAGGGAGAGGGAUAGGCGAAGAGAAUGAGAGAAGGGGGACGAGGGCACGAAAGGGUGAGGGUGGUCGUGGUAUGGGGAGAUGGAGUGAGGGAUUGGAGAGUGAGGGAACAGUGACAGCGGUGGACGUUGCAGCUCAGUUCAGAGGGAUGCUGAGGAGCAGUGUGGAUAUUGAGUGCAUGAUGGCUAGUGAGGCGAGUGGAGAGGCGAGUGGAGAGGCGAGUGGAGAGGCGGAGGAGGAGGAGGAGGAGGAGGAGGAGGAGGAGGAGGAGGAGGAGGAGGAGGAGGAGGAGGAGGAGGAGGAGGAGGAGGAGGAGGAGGAGGAGGAGGAGGAGGAGGAGGAGGAGGAGGAGAAGGAGGAGGAGGAGGAGGAGGAGGAGGAAUGGACGGAGGGAAACGAGGGGGAGGGGGGUAGUGUCGACUGGACAGAAACAGGUAUGAGUGGUGGAGGAGAGGGGGAGGGGAAGAAGGGUAGACCGGGAGAGGAUGGAGGGGUGGAGGGCGAGGGUGUGGGCAGGAGAGACGGUGAGGAGGCAGACGUGAAUGGAGCAGAGGUAGCAGCAGGUGCAGGUGUAGGUGCAGGGGGCGUGGGGGGAAUGGAGGCAGUGGAUGAAGAGGGGAAUGAGGAGGGGUGUGAGGAGGGGAGUGAGGAAGGAGGGAUGGAAGGGGAGCAGGAGACAGCAGUGGCAUGGGGGAUGGCGCAGAUGGGGGGAGCAGGUGGGGGAAGCGUGGUUUAUGGGGCAGCGGGAAGACGGUGGGACGAGGAGGGACGAGUGGGGAGAGGGGAGGAGGCGGAGCGAGUGAGGGCGGGAGUGGAGGAGGUGGCGAGCAUCAUCGGGCGCAUGUCGGCUGAUGUGAUGUCCGUGGAUGCCGCCUCGUUGGCCUCACAUGCCUCUUGGGCCUCUUCAGCCUCGUGGGUGCCUUCCACCCCGUCGCCCCCUUAUGAGCGCAGCAGCGAGGGCGAGCGAGAUCGGACGAAGGGGGGGGAUUGGAGGGCAGGGGGGAAGAAAGGGAGGGAUGAGAGGGGGAGAGAGGCAGGCAGAGGGCUGGGGAGAAAGGGGGCGAAGGUGGGUGGGAGGGAUGGCCCCGUGCUGGCAGCCCAGCAGGCACAACCCCCCAUGCACCCCCCACACGCGUGGCAGCUGCCAGUGCCCCUGCACCCCACCACCACCCCUCACAGCAACACAAAGGGCCUUGCCAGGCCGCCACCUGUGCCCCUGCUGCAGCAUGCGCAGGCAGGCAAGCGAGGCGGGGGGGAGGGCCAGGGGCGGGGCAGCAGGCAUGCAGAGGCGGCCCACCCGUCACUCAUGUUCCUCGCUCGCCGUGCUGCCACCGCCGCCCAUGCCCCGUGA